AGUUAACUCUCAAACUUACUUACCUCUAUGCACUUUACCGCGAUCACCUACCUACCUACAUAAAUAUUGGUAGCCACUAGAUAUUCCAAGGUCACAAGUAGUGGAAGCAAGCACAUCCAUAUCACUUGCCUUGCACCUGCAGGGCCAGCUCGAGUCACUUCCCCUGGGUCUUGGUAGACUGCCUACCUAGUAGAUUAACAGCCAACAUCCAUCUUGAUUCUUGACAACAUCUUAAACUUUCACCACAAGUUAAGAUGAAUACCUGGUAGCCAACUCUGCCAAUUGUAGAUUGAUUUGACGACAAGAUUCAAGUAAAAACACGCCAAUUCUCCAACAAGCCCAGUUCAAUCCAGUUCAAUCCAACUCAAUUCAACUCAGAUCGACUCAACACAUUCCUCACCACUCAAGCAUCAUUCGCAUUUGCAACCGCAACGAUGGCCUACACCGACGAUGCUGUUCUAGCUAAGCUGUCUGCUCUAUCCGAAGCGGCAGACAGCAUUGUGACGCAAGCCCAAUGGAUUAUGUUCCAUAGGCGUCAUGCAGACCGAACUGUCCAGUUGUGGCUGCAGCGACUGAAGGACUCAACAAGUCACAAGCGAUUAAACCUCAUUUACCUUGCUAAUGAGGUUGCUCAACAGACUAAAGCCCGUCAUAAAGAGGACUUUGUCGUCGCUUUUUCGCCUGUCAUCGCAGAAGCUGUUGCAACUGCUUACAAGGGUGCUUCGGCGGACAUACAAAAUAGAAUCCAACGGGUUGUUGAUGUCUGGAAAGAUCGUGAAAUCUUCGAGAAGCCUAUUAUAGAGGCUAUAGACACCCGCAUUCAGGAAAUCAAUCAGGCCCGUGGAACUGUGAAAGCUGGGCUUGGCGGUUCCAUCUUUGGAUCUGCCGCAACCAUUCCAGCAGAGCUAGCGCCUUUGACCACUCCUCAACAGAAUGUCACGAAGCUGCUUCUAGGUAUGAGAACUACAGCCAACUCUGCUAACCAGGAGUAUGACAAAUUAUUGGGUCCGAAUAGCACCGCCCCCUCUGCUCCUGUGUAUGCCGCACGUUUGAGCGGAUUGCUUAAGACGCUAGCUCAGGCUGAAGGAGCUGUGGAGCAAUGCGUCAAGGCCCGUCGCGAACUUGUCCUAGCACUGCAAAAGGUCUUGGAUACCAACAGGAAUGCGCUAGUGUUCGAGGAGAAUCAGCUAGAGACUUUCGUGACUCGAAGAAUGGAGGUCGAAGACAAAAAAACGGAGGUCGAGAGGGCUAUCAUGGCAGGGCUUCCAGAUGACGAGCCUUUCCUGUCAGGCAACGGCCUGAGUGAUCAACCGGAUCCAGAGCUUGAGAGACCCGAGGUUGAAGCUCUCACGCCGCCCUCGAUGGAUUCCGACCAUCCGGAACAGUCUGAUUCAAAAGACGAGACAGAAAGUCGAGCGACUGCCAUUCAACCAGAUAAAAAAAUCACAGGAACUCACUCUAUCCUGGGUCUCCAGUUCAAGUCGGUAUCUACUACGACCAAUGGAUCUAAGAAACGUAAGAUCGACGAUGCCGAUGGCUUCCCGGACCUUGGCGAAGACGAUGACAUCGAUUCAGACGUGGCUGAGAUGCUUCGUAGAGAUAGUGGCGGUUCCUGAAUAUAGCAUUCAAGUUUACCGGAGCUAGCCUCGGUAAAGUCUACGAGCGUCCAUAUCUUUAAAGACGUAUGUGGACGGGUGGACAAAGGCUAGCUACUGUACAAUAGCAGCAAUCUUGGCGUUCAGGGUCAGGUCAUGAUUCUAUGAUCUCAUAUUGAGACUAUCACAGCUAAGGUGGUUGGCUU